UCGUUAAGGAGUUAAAAAUGGUUCUUAUCAACCUUGAUUUACAUUCUAUCACAUUAUUUUGACAGUUAACGUUUUGGGCGGGUUUUUGUGAGCUUUUGGGCUGGAAAUCGUCCAUCCAAUCUGGCAACACUGAUCAGAACUUUCAUCCGAGACUGCAUCCGGACACUCGUCAACAACAAAGGCAAUAUUACCAAGAUGAAGUUUCAGGCCAUCUUUUCCAUGGCUGGUCUUCUCAGCAUUUGCACUUGUGCUCCUAUCUACCAGCCACAAAUUGGAAUAAUUGCAAGUAACAGUAAUGAGGUUUUGCGUCUCAAUGGACUCACGCUGGCGGGUUUGGGUUUGGGUUUGGGUCCAGCACAGGGAACUGCAUUUUUCCCUCCCUUCCUGAUCCAGCAGCAGCCCCCACAGGUGCUGAACUUUAACCCUGCGAUGCAGGGACCAUUCCUGCCUCCUCAAAUAAACCAGCUGAACCCAGCACAGUUGCCCCCGUUGCAGCAGGAGCAGCCUAUACCUGGCAUCAUUCCCAACAACGGCUUACCAGCUCAGAACCUUCCCCCGGGCUUUCCAUUCUUCCUGACUAAUCUAUAUCCAAUGAGGAACACUCCUGUAAGACUGACACCAAACCAGAACGCUGGCCCAACUGUUCAAGCCCAGGACACCAUGCAACGAAUGCAACCAAUGCAACCAAUACAACCAAUCCAGAACAGGGGGAAGCCAGACCCGAAGGUAACGUCUGCUCCUGAUUACCGUGGCGAUCGGCCCGGCCCUGGAACUGGAGAGGGGCAUCCUGGGUUCCCAUUGUUUGAGCCAUAGUCUCAGAAGAUUUCAUUAAAAAGAUAUCCCACCAUGGAGACCCCUCACAGAAGACAUUUUUGUUCAACUUGGACAUAUCCACAUGUUACCAAAUAAAUAAAAG